AGCCUUUUAGAGCCUGAUAUUGAUGACAACACAUCCAACGCCUCGUCAGAUGAGAAUCAGGAGAUCGUUGAAAUCCUCAGCCCAGAAAAUUCUGCCGGCUACACCAGCGCCAACACUGACAAGAACCUCAGCACAAACUUCAAGAGCAAGCUUCAGAUAAGGUCUCCCUCGGAGACUGGCUCGCAGUCCUCAGAGGAUGACGACUUUAUGCUGGAGUUCAAAUCCACGCCAGACGGACACCUGGAGAUAAAGUUAACGAACUACACGCAGAGGACGGAGGAGAGUGGGGUGGGGGAGGACAUGGAUGUAGCGGAGUCUGCACCAAAAGCCUCAGGCUCCAAAGGCUCCUCACCAAUCCCCAGGGGAAGCAACCACAGUGGAUCCUGUGAUAAAAACAAAAAAGAGGACUCAAAGUCUAGAGAUCUUUACUCCAACUAUACUGAUGAAAAAGAAGUUCUUUCAUCUAUAAAUCAGUCCUCAUGUUUAAUGGAUACAGAUAUUAUUGUAUCUUACCUGAAGAAGUUUGCCACAGAGAUCAUGUAUUCUGGUUUUGUUGAUCUGGUGGAGAAUAUUAUGAAAGCACUUCUUACCAAAUAUGACAGCAUUCUUGACCAUUCCUUUUUAAUGUGGACAGUUGGGUUUUUUCUCAGUUUUGCUCAUCAACAAGAAUUGGACUUUAAUCAUUUUAAAGAAGUUUUGAACCUGGACCUGUUUGGGUUCCUGGUCUACGAGGCGGUCAAAUGCUGCGAGGCUCUGGAUGUCAAGCACCAGAAGAAACAGGACUGCGCUGUAGAAAAACACAGAAUGCAUUUGGUGGUGUGUACACUGAACCAGAUGUUUCGGACUCUGCUUGCCAACAGUAAGAUGGAAUACCUGAAAGACCUCCAGAAGUGCCUGAGUCACAUGACUGACCUGCACAAUCUCUUCAUCCUCUUGAUACGGCAACACAUUCCCAAACAGCAGAACGCCGUGUACCUCAGGGACCUGAUCCAGACCAACCAUGUCCUCAUGUUGAUGAUAGAGGAGUGGCUCUCACAGGGUUUUAUAGGGGAACAUUGUGGCUUCAGCAUGCUCAGUCAUGUCAAACAAUUUGCCACCAAAAAUGUGAUGGCCAAGUACGGAACACUGCUGGAACAUCAGGAGUUGAACAAGGACACGUUGAAUGUGGCCGUGCUGACCAUGAUGUAUCAUGUGGCGGGAGACUGCAGACGUCAGGACACAUUGAUGCAGCUGCCGAUCCUCAAGUCUUUCUCAGAAAUCUGGGUGGAUAACGCUGUUAGAGAACAUGAGGAAUUCAAAGACUUGAUAGAAUUUGUGCUGGAAGUUUUCAUGUCCGAUGCUGAGAAAGAUCCAAAUUUGUGCGCUCAAAACUUGUUUGAUUCCCCUCAAGCCCAGAAAAGUCAGCCACUAGGCAGUGGCAGUGGCAACACUAGUGGCAGUGGAAGCUGCAUCAAUAGUGGGGAUGUAGAGAGCUCCAUGAAUGUGAGCAGCAGCUGCUCGGCCGAAGACUUCACGGACGACGAACAAAUUCUCAUCUUCACCUGGAUGUCUGAGCUAGAGGGAGACAACCACAUCAUUGAGAUCGUCACCAAGAAACUUGCUGACCAUGGCUAUACCAAAACCAAAGACCAGGUCUCAAAAUAUCUCAGUGACAAUGGUUUUAUAGAAGAUUCAUCAAAUUCCUAUACUGGCUCAAAAAACCAAGGUGCAUCCAACAUAGAAGAAAACAUUCUCCAAGAGUUAUCCUCCCUGUCUGAAGACAACCUGAUCCCCUUCCUACUGGACAGGCUACAAGAACAGGGCUUUGAAUCUCACAUUGUCUGGCUACAGAGGCAGUUGCUAGAGGCUGCCUAUGUUAAACUAGCUAUCAAAGAACCUUCUUACAGAGUUCAUGUUGAGGAGCCAGUCGCAAAGUUUUAUGCUCUCCAAAACAAACCCAUUCCCAUAAUUCCAUGGAACGAUGAUCUGCAGGCCGCCUUAGCCAACCCAUACUUCCAUUUACUACAGCAGAGUCUGGGCAUCUACACAUACGAUGACCCAAACAUUAUCUUUCCACGUAUACCUCAGUAUCUCACACCCACUCUUCUCGUUAACAAAGCUCGUCAAAUUGGCCCAAUUAACUCCUUGCUGGUCAAGUUUGAUGUGGACACAUUGAAAGAAAGCACAGAAUUGGACAUGAGCCAAGAAGAACCAGCCCAUAAAUUCACAGAGGUUUACAACAAGCCAGCCAAAACCAUGGAUCACCUUUGGCUGAACAUGAUUCAAAAAAUGAACAGCGAGCAAGAGGCCAGGGUCACCUAGGUCACAUGAUCAGCAGGUCAUGGUCAGUCACAUGAUCAGAAGGCCAGGGUCCCCAAGGUCACAUGAUCAGAAGGUCAUGGUCACCUAGGUCACAUGACCAGAAGGUCAUAGCCAUCCAUCAGCUGUGCUGAGCUCUUUGAUAUUUCUUUAACUGGCAGCCAUCGUGUUGGAGAGCUUACAGUAAGCUCCGUGAUAAUUCUCCUCACCCACCCUCCUAGCUUUAGGACCAAGGGCACUUAACUGUUGUAAUUCAGAUUCUUUUCUAAAAAAAAUACUAUUGUACAAAAUAUGUAACAAAAAAUAUUUUUAUAUGCUGAGAAUUAGACUUUCUGCUGAUUCAAACUCGAUAUUCUUGCAUUGAACAUAAAACUUGACAACAAUUCAGAUGAUUCCUUACAUAUGGCAAAUAGGUUUAAGCAAAAUUCUAUUAUUAAAAAAUCAGAUUAAGUAUCAUAUGUUAUGGGUUAGCACAGUGGCUUCACUAGGUCUUGACAAGAUAUAUAUAUUUAUGCUUAUUUAUACAUAUAUAAAUAUAAUAUCACUAUUGUAUGUACUUAAACUUUGGAAAAGUUUUGUAUAACCCCCAUCUUGGAAGGUCUCAUCCUCCCCCCUCCCACUAUGGCAGGUGUCUCCCCCAUCAUUGCAGGUAUCACCUGGUG